CCGAUAAGUGAGAAUUGAAGACGCCAGGACGUUGUUGUGCCGUUUUGUCGUCGAGCGUCACGUCUUACUCGAGCCACGUUUCAUCUUGACGAGACGAUACGAACGCGAAUCUUGAGCGCAAGAAAGCGCGAAGGAGCGCGAGAGUGCGAAACGGCGACAGACGCGGCUCGCGCGUCAAAGCCGGAAGUUGGCCGCGUUUCAUUUCACAUUUGAGUCGCUCCAAGCGAAGAGCGACCCUCCGGACUUUUAUUUUUUGACGCGACGCGCCGGAAAUACGGAAUUGGGUUCAACCUCAGCCUUUGGAAGGAGGUGAGCGUGCGGGGUGAAAAAGUGUCAACAUUCGCCGCGAAUGUAACAUUGACGGCCGUCUUCUCCGCGACCGAAGACACCAUAUUUGUCCUCACGAGGUAACAAACGACCGUCGGUUCCAACCGCGCCGUCGCGGCGUUGCCGUCGACGCGUCGGCGUGUGUGCGCGCGCGGGCCGCGGAAACUUUUGCUCGGCAACUCGGCCGGUCCACCUUAAAGCGCACGAGCCGGGCAGCGUCUUCGGAGCCAGCGAUAACCCGGAAGUGGACCGCAUGGGAUUUUUCACAAUAGCGGGCAGUAUAAUGAAAAGUCACAGUUGUGGAUUUUCUUUUGACCCAACGCGCCGGAACUAUGUUUGUGUAUUCACUCGCGAUUGCUAAGCAAAGGACGGGGGUUGGUGGGGGGGGGGGGGGACAUUACCCGGCUAACGUUGUCGCCCGUUUCCGAGCGUUAUUUUAUUGAAGACAUGUUUUAGCCCGAGGUGAUUACGACCCUCCCGCGCUCUAUUUUUAUUUCGGACUUCGGAAACGCGCUCUCACUUUUGUCGGGCCGCGCGUCGCCGUGUGCUCCACCUUAAGCGAGGAAGGGAGGGCGAAAGUUUUGGGUCGCGACUCGGCCGGUCCACCUUAAGCGCACGAGCCAGACGCAGGCGAGCGGACGGCCGAAAGGGGUUCCGCUUCUCCGCCGCUGCAACUAACGCACCGGAGAGGGAAGACCCCCCCCCCCACUCUCGCUCUCUCUCCGCCUCCCCACACUCCCUCCCCCCCCCCCCUAAAAAAAAAUAAUAACACACAAAAAAAAGAAGGAGGAAAAUGUCCGACGCAAAGUACCGCGAGUGGAUCCUGGACACUAUCGACUCGCUGCGGUCGCGGAAAGCCCGGCCGGACUUGGAGCGAAUCUGCCGAAUGGUCCGGCGACGACACGGCUGCGAGCCCGACCAAACGUGCGGCGAGCUGGAGAAGCUCAUACGCGAGCAGACGGUGCUCAAAGUCAACUACAAGGGCUCCAUUUCGUACCGGAACGCCGCCAAGGUUCAGCGGAGGUGCCGCAAGAAGGACGACGCGGCGACGGCGGCGUCUUGUGUCGCGGCGGCGACGUCAGCGGCGGCGGCGGCGGCGGCCGUCAACGACGCCAGUCACUCGGACUUGAGCAACGGGGACAGCGCGCUCGGCCCCGCGGACCCGGACGACGACGACGAUGAGGCCGACACCUCCAUGGCGAUGGACACAGACAGCAACGUGGACGAGGAGGGGGGCGACGAGAGCCGCGACGGACCCUCCCCCUCCCUCGCGUGCCCGGCGCCGGCGGCCGUACUGCGAGCGGCGUCCGCCCCCUGCUCGCCCUCUCACGCGCGGCCCGGGCCCGGUCCCAACCCCGGCCCCGGUCUAGACUCUGCCCCCUCCUUCCGUGUGGCCUCCGCCAGGCCCAGCUCCCUGCCCCCCUCCAGCCCCAGGACCCUCGCACUCGCACAUGACUGGGCCAACGCGGUCAACGGGGUCAACGGUUGCCCGGUGGAGCGCCGGGACCAAGGAAUGCACAUAGACAAAGCGUGUCUCGCGAGCGUCCACCCCGCGUCCGUCUGCCCGAGCGCUCCCAAGGACAACGUGAAGGAGGAGGACAACAAGAUGGAGGACAGCAGCCCCCUCUCGGACCAGCUCGUACCGGACUACGCCGUGCAACUGGAGAGGAGCGGCGGCGGCGGCGACGCAUCCGAGGUUCGAGCGCAGACCCUGUCAUCGUCAGACGAUUGUACGUCAAAGGAGAACGCGGACACGCCGGCCUCCUUCGCCCAAGUCGAGAGCGUUCACGUCAACGGCGACGAUAAAAACCGCCAAGUCUCGGUGAAGAAGGAGAAGAUGAGUCCGAACUUGCUGCAGUGGACCGUGGCCGACGUGGCCGGUUACUUCGCCGACGCCGGCUUUCCGGAGCAGGCGCUGGCGUUUCGGACGCAGGAGAUCGACGGCAAGUCGCUUCUGCUCAUGCAGCGCAGCGACGUGCUGACCGGCCUGUCCAUCCGUUUGGGCCCGGCGCUCAAAAUCUACGAGCGCCACGUCAAGGUUCUGCAGAGGAGCCACUUCCUGGAAUGCGACGACCUCUGAUGGAUCGCAAAGACGAUGGGGAAAAUACACACACACACACACACACACACACACAAAAAUAUCCACCGGGAUCCUGCCACACAUCUUCAUAUAUAUUCGAUGAAUUGUAUAUAUGAAGGAGAGGACCAGUGACAAUGAAGAAACAAAACAAUCAUCCUACCUCUCAUGAUGAGCCUCAUCUCUUCCCCCCCCCUGUGCAAAAGGAGCAGUGGCCCUUUAAGAAAAGCCACGCGUGCACUUCCUGUGGAUGGACUUCCCUAGCGUGACUCUUUUUUUUUUUUUUUUUUUUUUGUUUUCCCUCCCACCAAAGUCGACGCAGGUAAAACAAAAGACACGCGCAUCCCGUAGCUGCUGACACGUGACGUCUCGUGAAUUUACCUCACUCGUUUUGUCUGCGUUGCGAGCGCGCUUGAUGAGAAACAAGACAAAAGGGGGCGACGUCGAGAUUUUCGGGCCAAGGCGGUGGACCAGAUGCAGAGUUUUCUGUAUUGCGCCUCAGCCGCUUCGUCUUGGUCGUGAUACGUGUCGGACGUUUGAAGCGUAGAACAUUCCAUUGGGUGUGAUAGUUUUUGUUUUUUGUUUUUUUGUUUUUGUUUUUUUUUUCAAAUCAAUCAGUACAUGCUUCCGACGAGAGUCGCCAAUAAAAGAUCACGCCUCUGUUCAAACUAUUUGUAUCAUUUUUUUAGUACAAUCGUGUAAAUUAACAAUUGUGUUCUGUAAGCAGUGAGCAACUCUAAGCAUCUGAUUUUGGAGUUGUUGUUUUCUUCCUUCAUCUCAAAUCAACACUCUCCAUUGGAAUGAAUAGAAAUGGAGUUAAUACGUUCCAGUCUUGCGGAAGGAAGUAUUAUUUUUAAAAUAGAAAAAUAG